AAUCUGGAUCGAGGCGGUAGCAACAGGAAGAAGAAGAUAGAGGAAUUCUCUAGGUCUUCUCGGGAGAAACUGGUCCAGUCGAAGAACAAAAUGUUCUCCAAAUUUACGUCCAUUCUUCAGCACGCUGUGGAAGCGCUUGCCCCGUCGCUGCCCUUGCAGGAGGACUUUGUCUAUCACUGGAAGGCCAUUACACAUUAUUACAUUGAGACUUCUGAUGACAAAGCUCCAGUCACAGACACCAACAUCCCAUCCCACCUGGAACAGAUGCUGGACAUCCUGACCCAGGAGGAGGGCGAAAGGGAGUCUGGAGAGACAGGACCCUGCAUGGAGUAUCUCCUACAUCAUAAGAUCCUGGAGACUCUCUACACUUUGGGCAAGGCAGAUUGUCCUCCAGGGAUGAAGCAGCAGGUGCUCACCUUCUACACAAAGCUGCUAGCACACAUUCGUCAACCUCUCCUGCCACACAUCAAUGUCCACAGACCUGUACAGAAACUGAUCCGUCUGUGUGGGGAGGUGCUAGCUGCUCCUACAGAAAACGAAGAGAUUCAGUUCCUUUGUAUAGUGUGUGCCAAACUGAAGCAGGACCCAUACCUUGUUAACUUCUUUCUAGAGAACAAGUCAAAGAGACCUGAGACAAAGAGUCCUGGAGAGACAGAGGCGGUGAAGGAGAAUGUGUCGGCCCCAGACACUGGUCAGUCUCCGGCAGAGGAACAGGCCGACCACCCAGAGGAGCCUCAGGCUGCAGCUGCUGCUUCCACCUCUAGUCCAACCAGUAACAACAACAACAGCAACAAUUACAAUCUUGUCACCUCGCUGCUCAACCUCACAAAGAGCCCUGAUGGCAGGAUAGUAGUAAAGGCAUGUGAGGGCCUGAUGCUGCUGGUCAGUUUACCAGAGCCUGCAGCUGCCAAGUGUUUGACUGAAAACACUGAGCUCUGUGAGCUCCUGACUGACAGGCUGGUGUCCUUCUAUAAAGCCCUGCCACAGUCCAUGGACCCCUUGGACAUUGAGACAGUGGAGUCGGUCAACUGGGGUCUGGACGUUUAUAACCUGAAAGAGGAUGCUGCUGUGUUCACAGGGAAGAGGGCUCUCAUCUCUUUCCUGUCCUGGCUAGAUUACUGUGACCAGCUCAUCAAGGAGGCUCAGAAGUCAGCAGCUGCAGUGAUGGCAAAAGCAGUGAGAGAAAGAUUCUUCGUGUCUGUCAUGGAGCCACAGCUUAUGCAGACGUCGGAGGUAGGCAUCCUGACCUCCACAGCCCUGCUGAACAGGAUCAUCCGGCAGGUGACAUCAGAGGCUCUGCUGCAGGAGAUGAUUUACUUCCUGCUGGGAGAGGAGAGAGAGCCCGAGACUCCAGCCACUAUGGCUCAGAAUCCACUCAGACACAGACUCAUCGAGCACUGUGACCAUCUGUCAGACGAGAUCAGCAUCAUGACACUGCGGCUAUUUGAGCAGCUGAUCCAGAAGCCCAACCAACACAUCCUGCACAGCUUGGUGCUGCGAAGCCUGGAGGAGAGGAACUACCUGGAGAACAAACCACAGGAGGAGCGGGAGCCCCUGGAGAACGGGCAGCCCCAUGAUGCCGUAGACCUCGAGGAGGACCCACUGUUUGGCGAUGACCUUUCUCCAGACAGCAGGCUGUCUGGUUCUGAUUGGCUCAGCUCCUCUCCACCACAGAGUCCGGACCACUCAAAGUCUGACGGAAAGACAGAGGUCCACAAGAUUGUCAACAGUUUCCUGUGUUUGGUGCCCGAUGAGGCGAAGUCGUCGUAUCAUGUCGAAGGCACAGGCUAUGACACCUACCUCAGAGAUGCACACAGACAGUUCAGGGACUAUUGUGGGGUCUGCCAGCGGUGGGACUGGAGGGGAAAUCCAAAGCCUUUUGAGAAGUGCAACUUGGAGAGUCCAUUUUUCGAGGGCCACUUCCUGAAGGUUCUCUUCGACAGGAUGGGUCGCAUCCUGGAUCAGCCGUACGAUGUCAACCUGCAGGUGACCGCUGUGCUGUCCAAACUGUCUUUGUUUCCACAUCCUCACUUGCACGAGUACCUGCUGGACCCUUAUAUCAACCUGGCCCCUGGCUGCAGGUCCCUGUUCUCUGUCAUCGUCAGGGUGGUGGGAGAUCUCAUGUUAAGGAUUCAGCGCAUCCCAGACUUCACACCCAAACUGCUGCUUGUGAGAAAGAGAUUAUUAGGUCUGGAGCCAGAGGGUAUCAACAUCGACCACAUGACUCUGCUGGAGGGGGUGAUCGUGCUGGAGGAAUUCUGCAAAGAGCUGGCGGCCAUCGCCUUCGUCAAAUACCACGCAGCUGCUUCCUCCUCACCGUAAUCAUCUCGCUGUUGAUCCAUCUGCCUCGGCCAGGCAGACAGGUCAGGAUUAAACUGGGCCUUUGGGGGUGUGGUGGUAUCGGUGUCACAGGGUCGGCAACACAUUACCACUAACUGCUCAUCCCUGCAAGACUGUUAAUGCCCACACGGACGGGUUCAUCACUCCCCCUCUUCUGGCCUCUCGGGCUCCACUAUCAAAAACUCUUUGGUCUUGUUUUUUGAGAAGGUCAGAGCACAGACACUGCCCAGCCAGCAGAGGAACAAGAGGAGGAGGAUGGAGGUGCAGAGAGAUGGUCACUGGACGUUUUUCAGCCUCUGCAUUUUCUCUCACUGCCCCCUUCCCCUUCCCAUCUUUCUUCCUCACCAGCCAAAAGAUGAUAACCCUGUAAUUAUUAUGUCACGGAGAAACGAUGUUUGUGUAUUUAUUUUCGGUCCCAUCAUCACCCAUUUGUAAAGUCAUUGCCUUAGUGUGGAAUCGCACCUUUCAGUUACAGGAGAUUGUUUCCUUUUGAAACAUUUUUAUCUGAACUCCUCAUGUGUUGUCUAUUUGAAGACAACAGGACAAGAGGCUGUAGAGAGAAAAAAGCCCACUACCUUCAACCCCUAUAUGUCCCUGUAGUUACAUUCAUACUGAAGUGUAGUAUUUACGAUACUGCACUCGUGUUUUAAAUGCCAAGUCCUAUUAUUUAUUUGCUUUCAGGUUGCCUUUUAAACUAAUGUCAUAAUAAGAUCUAAUCAAUAUAAAACAGUCAUAUUGAGGACUGAAUAUCCACAUGCUACUUUUUGUUUUCCUUGUUUGUCUUUAAGUGCUUGUGCUCUCAAAACUCAUCUGUAAUCAUCACCACCCAAAGAUGUCACCAUCCAUCACAUGUUGUCUGUGAAAUGGUGAAUUUUGCACACGGACCUCAUUGCAUUGCACUUGUUACAUUUUUCAAGUUUAUUCAUGCUUUGUUUGGGCGGGAGUUUGCUUUUAGGAAGUAUCAAAUUGGCAUUUGUGGUAAGAGAUAUGUUUUUGAUUCCGCAUUAGUUUGUGUUCUCCACACCCAGUGUUGCAUCUCUCACACACCAGUGUUUAUUUUAUCCAAGGGAUACUGUGUUAUUGUUUUUUUACACCAUUUAAAAUUCUCAAUAAUUAGUUCAUUGUAAGCAGAGGAGCAUACCUUUUGAUUUUAUUGACCUGUGUCUUAAAUGCAUCAUUGACUGAGGAUAUACAGUAGCUUUUCCAGUUGCUUUUGACCCCUAAGACAAAGCUAUGACUACAUGUCUGAAAGUUGUGAACAGUUCAGACAGUUAUUUGAUUUCAUCCAGUAAUUCACCAACAAAGCAAAUAUCAUAGGAAAGCCAAAAAAGAAACUUUUUGUAGCAAAAAUACAUCAUCCUUCAAUUUUGUGUACUAUCUCGUGAUCUCUUAAUUUACCUGGAGACUUUGCAGGGGUUCAGAGCCCCAGUUUGGAAAGUGCUGGCUGACAGUAUCCUCAGAGUUCUGAAUUCCUCCAUAGGUUAUCACGACUUCCUUUGAGGUGUUGAGUUUACUAGCAGUAUUACCUUUUCAUGCUGAUCUUUGAUGAGGUGCUGUGUUUUGUUUGGUUGUAUAUUACCUGGAUAUUUCAGGGGGGUGUCUCUAACUUAAAAAAUCACCUCGUACAUCAGUGAUUCAUCACGUGAGAUUUAAAAAUAGUCUAAAUCAAAAUGCUACUUAAUGUAACAUUGGUUGUUGUGUUCCCAGUGUGAAUGUUUCCAUGAUUGUUGAGCGCGCUUGGCGAUGAGUUCGUUUGUAUGUACUGUAAUGGUUUAUAACUGCGGCGGAGAAUGGGCGGAGUCAUUCAUUGAAGCCAUGAGUCCCUGGUCUUGAGCCUUGUUUUAUUUUAUUUUUUUCCCCCGUCUGUCUUCUGGUCCCACUCUGAACCCAUCACUCGAGCACCUAAGCUACAUUAUGCAACUGCUUGCAUGGAAUCAGAUUUGCACAUUGUCUUUCUUCAUCCUUGUUCAUAAUGUAAAUAUUACACCACAAAAAAAGCUUUUUGUUUUUCCAAAUGUUUUCAUAAACCAAAAAAGAAAAAAAAUCUAGGAUGUACCAGGAGUAACAUUUCUAUUUUAACGGGAAACUUUUUUUAAAUUGUCAAAUCAUGCACAUUUUUUAAUCAACUAUCUUUCCAACUUGUUCUGUACAUUUGUAUAUUGUAUGUGUACAAUAGCAAUAGAGAUAUACUACCUGGUGUAAAUGCAUGCUUAUAGAUUAUUUUUCAUCAUUGAACGGGAGAAAAAAAAAAAAGGCAGUCCGGCCAUCUGUGAUGAUUCCUAAGCUGUCAGCACUUUGUUGUUUGAAGACACUGACAGGGAGAUAUGAUGCCUUACUUCACACUGUGUAUCUCUGAGGACUCCUAGGAUCGAUGUGUAUGGGGUUUCUGCUUCACUACCGUUUGUUGUGAUCCUAUUAUGCCUAUCUCUUGUGUUACAUAGACUUUGUUUGGUUUGUGAACAUGUACAGGACUCUGUGUAGUCAAAAAAAUCUGAUGCCAACUGAUUGACGUCGUUUUCAGCUUCGACCAAUCACUGUAUCAUGUCGCAUUUGUUUAUGUUAAUCGCUGCUUUCCUCUGGUGUGAAAUGGGACGAGUCUCAUUAUACUUCUUCUAUCUCAUGGCCAGUUUGAUUUUGUGAUUGUGCAAUGCAUAAUUGAGACAUUAAGGUAAGGUGCAUGCUCACUCCUCCCGCCUCCCAAUGCCUCACAGAGUUAAUUGUAAGUGACACAGUCUCUCGGAGGCAUUGGCUCAUUUAUUCCUAAUCCGCUGUCUUCAUUACAACACUGCUGUUAAACAAUGUGUUAGGUUUCAUUCAGGACAAAUCUGGUUUCUUUAACAUCCUCCGUCCCAAUUAAAAAAAGUUCUUCAGCA